UGCGAGUAACAUGAAAAUAGUAAUGGAAAUCUAGAGCUCUAGAAUUUGGGUCAGAAAUAUAAAAAUACAUUACAUAUUACAUGAUUAGUCUAUUCUUAUAAUUUAUCUGUGAUAAUACAAUAACGGUAAAGAAGUAUUAUCAAUUUUACGCAUUUACAAAAGUAUCAAAAAUAAUGGGACGAACUGUAUAUGCAGAGGAACGUCUUCACAAUUAUUUAAUAUCUUUAGUAAGACCAGAUGAAUACACAAUAGGACUAAUUGUGGGACAGAGUACUGGUCAAAAAGAUUAUAUUGUACAUUUAGCAAAAACACCACCACCUAUUGGCAAAAAUGUUGUAGAAGAAAUAUUGCUUAAUACUACAAUAAAAUCUGAACAAAAUACUAUUGAAAACCACAUUAAAUCAGUAAAAGAUAUACCUGAGAGUUGGGUUGCAGAUCAUGCAAAACAUGUUACUAGAAUGUUACCUGGUGGAAUGCGUGUUCUUGGCACAUUUAUUAUUGGUCCAGAGGACAGUAUAAAUGAUAACAAUAUACAAAAAUUUAAAUCUGUUCUUACAAUGAUGCAUAAAAAUUUAUUACACAAUAAAUAUUUAUGUGGGGAUAAUAAUGAAGAACAUCUUAUCUUAAAUUUAAAUAGCAUUACACAAAAAUACACUUGUAAAUCUAUAGAAAUAAAUACAAAUGGAAUGUUUAAAUCAGUAGAUUGGAAAUUUCAAACUAGAGCUACUAAGUGGCAUCAACUUGAAACAUUUAUAAAUUUUGACCGCCUAUUUCUUAUUGCUGCUAAUAAAGAUCCAGAAACUCUUAAAAAACAACUACAAGAUAUUUUAAAAACUAUAUCAGAUAUUGUUGAAACUUCCCUUAUUGUUAUUGAAGGAGAAGUUUGGUCCCCACAUGAUACAUUAGAAGUAAUUAGCAAAAACAAAAAAGAUGACAAAAAUUGUAAAAGUAGUGAAAAAAAUAAUAAUGACCAAUCUAUUCAAAUUAACUUAUAUAUUCCAUGUCAAGAAGAGAAUAUUAAUUCUGAUGUGAAGGUAACGCCAUGCUCUGCUUCUAUACGUUUGAUUGGUCAAUUAGUAAGUAGAACUUUUGUUCAUCAAAAAGCAAUUGUCGAAGAAGCUAAUACAGCAGUAAAACAAGACAUAAUAAGAUCAUUAGCAAGUAGAUUAGAAAUGCAUUGGGAUAGUUUAAUUGAAGAAGAAAAUGGAUCUCCAGAAGAAAAUAUAACAUUACAUGAACCUCCAAGGAGAGUAUUAAUAGCAUUGCCUGAAAGUAAAAUUACCUUAUCGGAUUAUUUAUUUCCUGGUGAAGGAGCUCAAGAAGCUCUUUUAUCAUUGCAAGAACUUUUAGACUUAGAAGUUCAUGAAAGUACUGUUCAAAAAGAUAUUGAACUUGAAGCUGAUCCUGCAGAAUUUUAUUUUCAAAAUAAAAUUGAUGUAAAAACUGUUGAUCUUGGUAUAAAUUCAUCUGGAAAUCAAAUAAAGAUAUAUAUCACAAGUUUUAGUAUUGCACUUUUAAUUGUAAUUUUUGCCAUUAUAAUACAUAAAUUUUAUUAAUAUCAAAAAUAAAUUUAUAAAAGAAUUUAUAUUUUAUUAUAAUAUAAAAGAAAAAUAUAUAUAUUUGAAUCAUUAUAAUGUUGAAUGCAUAAAAGGAAAUAUUAACAAAUAAAAACAACUGCUUUGACAUGGUGAUGAUAUAUUUAUGUGUACAGAGACAAGUCGCAUUAUCUGUAAAUUAUCAUGUAAAAGUAUUAAAUUAUUAAUCUAUAUAAUAUAAAUUAUGUAUACAUUGAAUAUAUUCAAAAACAAAUUAUAUGUAUCAAUAAUUUUAUCCUAAUAUUUUAUAUAAUUAAAUAUAAUUAAACAU